CUACAGCCACCGCUCGCUGGCCGCCGCCUACCCCUACAUGAGCCACUCGCAACACAGCCCCUACCUCCAGGCCUAUCACAACAGCGGCUCGGCCGGCCCGACGCGGCCCGACGACCCAGAUCAACAGAAAACGACGGUCAUCGAAAACGGGGAGAUCCGAUUCAACGGCAAAGGGAAGAAGAUUCGGAAGCCGCGGACCAUUUACUCGAGCCUGCAGCUGCAGGCUCUGAACCACCGCUUCCAGCAGACCCAGUACCUGGCGCUGCCCGAGCGGGCCGAGCUCGCCGCUUCCCUGGGCCUCACCCAAACCCAGGUGAAGAUCUGGUUUCAGAACAAGCGCUCCAAGUUCAAGAAGCUGCUGAAGCAGGGCAGCAACCCCCACGAGAGCGAGCCCCUGGCGGGCUCGGCGGCCUUGUCUCCCCGCUCUCCGGCCCUGCCUCCCGUGUGGGACGUUUCCGCUUCGGCCAAGGGAGUCAACAUGCCCCCCAGCAGCUACAUGCCGGGCUACUCGCCCUGGUACUCCUCUCCACACCAAGACACAAUGCAGAGACCGCAGAUGAUGUGA